UCCUAUCUACCUGAGAUGGGGUGCGUAGUCAGCAGUAAGGUGCUCCCAGAAACCCUGGAACCUCCUCUCAAGAAGAACCCCUACUAUGUCAAGUGGAUCAGUGCCAUGGUCCCUGUUCAGUUCAAUUGUGCUGAGCCAGUGAAAUGCAAGGCAGAAUUCUGGGGGCUACAAGAAGAACCUAAAAGAGAUCGUGACAUUGAGGAAAAAAAGAAUCAAGUCGCCCGAUACCGUGCAAAAUUUGACCCCAGAGUUACAGCAAGAUACGAUAUCAAGGCUCUUAUUGGAAGGGGAAGUUUCAGCAGAGUGGUAAGAGUUGAACAUAGAGCUACACGUCAACCAUUUGCCAUCAAAAUGAUUGAAACAAGAGCGAAAGAAGGCAAGGAAGUCUGCGAGUCAGAGCUUAACAUCCUCCGAAGAGUCAGCCACCAUAACAUCAUCCAGCUCAUUGAAGUGUUUGAGGCUCACGACCGAGUGUAUAUGGUGAUGGAACUAGCCACAGGUGGAGAACUGUUUGACAGAAUUAUUGCUAAAGGAUCCUUUACUGAACGAGAUGCAACCAAGGUGCUCCAGAUGGUUUUAGAUGGUAUAAACUACCUCCAUGGACUUGGAAUCACACACAGAGAUCUAAAACCAGAAAAUCUUCUUUAUUACCACCCCGGAGCUGACUCCAAGAUAUUGGUCACUGACUUUGGCUUGGCAAACUCUGGUAACAAAGGAGGGGACUGGUCGAUGAGGACCAUAUGUGGGACUCCUGAAUACAUUGCACCUGAGAUUAUUCUGAGAAAACCUUAUAGUAAUGCAGUGGACAUGUGGGCUCUUGGAGUCAUUACUUACAUUUUACUAAGUGGAUCUAUGCCCUUUGAAGAUGAAAACCGAACCAGACUUUACCGGCUGAUCCUUAAAGGAAAAUACAGUUACUUAAGUGAUCCAUGGCCAAGUGUUUCCAAUCUUGCAAAGGACUUUAUAGACCGCUUACUCACUGUAGACGCCAAAGACCGGUUGUCAGCCAGUGAUGCCAUCCAACAUCUGUGGAUCAAAACCAUGGCGGCUUCAUCAUCCAUGAAGAACCUUCAUAGGUCAAUCUCCCAAAACCUAAGAAGAAGAGUCUCAUCUCGAUGUCAGAGUACCAUGUCCGAGCAGUCAAUGAAGUCUGGUAACUCCAACAAGUCCCGGAGGAUGAAAGAAAUUAUGGAACGCAAUAUGCGUUAUCAUGCACACGUCGUGAGCCAUGAGGUCUCGCACUAAGCAUGUCACACAUUGUUAUACCUCUUCCACAUAUUUUUUAUUGAUAGUUUACUUUUCACUCAUAGACUUUUUAUAUAAAAACUCAACACGAUGAUGAGAACCCCCCAAAAAAACAAUAGCCCCAUCCUUGUCACUAAUGUUGCUGAAUUAUCCCUGCAAAUAAUGUAUAUUUACUACUUGGCAUGUACCGGAUGUCACUAUGUGUGUGUUUAAUGGGGGUGGGGGAUUGGAAAUAUAUCCAUUAUUCAAGGUUUUAUAUAUUUGCACAAUAAUGGACUUAAUGGGAUUGUGCCAUGAUUCUGAAUAAAUAUGUAUCCCGCCCAACAGUUAUAGCUCUUAUACCACUUUCCCUAAAUACUUUCAUUUAUCAAAACUGCCUUAUUCUAAAGUUAUUAGCCUACCAUCGAGCCCUGUGGCAAAUCAGUUUUGAAUUCAGUUGCUAUUGGUUACGUCCUGCAGUGGAGUCUUGUGAUACAGGACGCACAUGCUCACAGCGCUUCUUUUCCUUCCCUUCAAUAACCCCUCCUCUAUGUGCAGUGUCAGUUAGAUGUCAGUUAUGAAUGGACGGAUGGACAGACAGACCGUUAGAUAAUAGACAGACAGGUAAACAUAAAGAUACAUUUUGUUCUAACAAUGAUAGACAUUAGCACAAGUUGUGUCUGUUACAAAAUCCAGUUACACAGAGCAUUUUGAAUAUGUGGAAGUAGAAAAUAAACUAGUGUCAUAUGUUCUGCUCAUAUACAUCUCAUUGCUCUAAGGCAUGAUGGGACAGCAGUCACAUGACCAACCAGGAAGUAGGAUUCAAGCAUGGGGGAUAAGCGAAAACGGCAAAUGAGAUCAAUUUGAAAAAAAGAAGAAAAAAAAAAGAAAAACAUUCCAAGGAGGAAUGGGAGCUAGAGUACCUUAUAAAAAUAAACUUUGGAUUGAAAAGUAGUUUAUGGCACAACUUAUUUAAGUAGGGGUAUUAGGAGAUUUCUUUAUGUACUUUUUUGUUCCAAUGUACCGUAACUUAUUGCUAGAGAUGAGCGAAUUUUUCUAAAGUUUGAUUCGGGUGAUCGUGGCAUCUGAGUGUAAAAACAGUGUGAAAUUAACAUAUAUUUUUUUUUAAAUCAAACUUAUUGCGUCCAUUUGCUCGCGACGGGCCGGCCGCUGCCAUCUUGCUUUACGUCAUCUGGGCGCAAUCUACAUCUGGGCGCAAUUACUCCAGGCAGCAAAGCCAAGGCAUAACUGUUUCUUUGUCUAGAUCAGGGGUCAACAACCUUCGGCACUCCAGCUGCUGUGAAACUACAACUCCCAGCAUGAAAACGGAUGUUCUUGUAACUCCCAUAGAAGUGAAAGGAGGAUUCUGGGAGUUAUAGUUUCAAAACAGCUGGAGUGCCGGAGGUUGCUGAUCCCUGAUCUAGAUGCAUGAUGUUCCCUCUGUAACCAUUUAGUUUUUAUCCAAAUAUUGCACUCUACUAGGUAUAUUGAAGAAUAAAUCCUGUUUAAUUAAUCCUACUACAUCAGCUGCUCUAAUAGAGACGACUCGCAGCUAUGGCUAUGCAGAAACAACUAGGAUAAAUCCGGAUAAAUCUCAAAUACCAAGAAGAUGUGAAAUAAAUCUUUGUGACACUUGAAAUGGGAUUAUAUUAUUACAUAAGACUCAUUGUCCUUGCUCUGUAUCUCAAUAAAUAUAUUAUUGACUGAAGGAUGAUCUGUUACAGUGAGUAUUGACCAGUCACACAUAGAGUCAUCGACCUGUUGAUGCGAGCUCCUCUACAAAUCAAAUGGGCAAUCUAUUUUUACAUUCAAGGUCAUUAUUGCCAAAAUUGCUUUCUCCAUUUCCAUAUAUAAAUGUCGUAUUAUGGUAUAAGAAGGUACAGACAAACUGUGUGUGGAAUCUAUGCAGUUACACAGGGGCCCAGUAAGUAAGCGGGUCCUUUUACAUGAAAAGCAGUCACAGAUUCCUGCUGUCUAUUAAAUACCAUGUAAAUGAAUGAGCCAAUGAAUUACUGGAGAAUUGUUAGAGAUAUAUGGAAGUGCUCCAUUAUGACUUACUGGAGAGCAAGGAACCCUCUGCAGUUUGUGUCCACCUAUUGAAAGAUGCAUACCAAUGGUACAUGGUUCUCUACAAGAAUGGACAGUGAAUGAUUUUGAAUUGGUCAAAGAAGACCAGAAUUUUCUCAGAAAUCGAUUUCCGCAAUCAGAUUUGCAAUAUCUCUUGUGGUUCAAAAGUUAUGAACACAGAAAGUUAAAAACUUCAAAGUUCUGUGUUCAAUUGCAGGGACAACACAUU